CACCAUGUUACCGGAGUGCUGAGGCUGAGUGGGGUCCCCCCAUAGCCUGAGAAUGGCAGCUAUUCAUGCCGUGAGCCUCGUCCUUAAGGCCUUGUGGGUGAAGAUGACUUCCUCUCAGGCCUUAGGUUUGCUGAAAAUAAAACCAGGACUCCCAAACCAUUCCAGUCAGCCUGCUUCCAGAAGGCCAGUCAGUCAGGGCACCACCAGUGGCUGAGUGAGCAGCAUCCAGCAUGUACCAGGUGAGUGCAGACGCUGCCAGAGGAGUUGCUGAGAGGAAAUUGAGCAGAGGCGUUACUGAGGGUAGAGGGAGGCCAGGCUCCCAGGUUUGGGACCUCAGAGAGCAGCUGGGGAGAGGUUUGAAUGGCAAGGCGACUGGAUUAGGUGAGAGCAGUUCCCUCACUGGCAUUUUCCUACAGGUGGUCGCAUUCUUGGCUGUGAUGAUGGGAACCCACACCCUUAGUUUUCGACUCCAGAAGGACUGCAGCCACUGGCCCAGCUGUGGUACCAGCAAAGGGCAGGAUCUCUCCGAGGACUUGUUGCAGGGACCAACUGUGUUCAUGUCUCCCCUGGAGCCUGACACCCUUGUCCAGCGCCCAGAAUCCUGCAGGGCCAGCGAAGAUGGGCCCCUAAAUAGCAGGGCCAUUUCUCCCUGGAGAUAUGAGUUGGACAGGGACUUGAACCGGCUCCCCCAGGAUCUGUACCACGCCCGUUGCCUGUGUCCACACUGCGUCAGCCUACAGACUGGCUCCCACAUGGACCCCCUGGGCAACUCGGAGCUGCUCUACCACAACCAGACCGUCUUCUACCGGCGUCCGUGCCAUGGUGAGCGGGGCACCCACCAUGGCUACUGCCUGGAGCGUAGGCUCUACCGCGUCUCCUUGGCUUGUGUGUGUGUGCGGCCCCGUGUGAUGGCCUAGCUGUGCCUGCCACCUGCCUGAGGCCAGACCCAUUUGCAAGACUGGAGCCAGGUGUACAACCAUCUUGCUAUGGUGGUCCAGGAUACCCAGGCUUGGUCCCUCCGAAGCACCACCUGUACCAGCCGGCUCCUCAGACAGGAUGGGGGCCUUGGGGAGGACACACACUUCAGCACUUUUUGGAAGCACUUUUGGAAGGGAGCAGCUGCAGCUUCUGGCUGCUGGAAUCUGUUGUCCUGGCAUUUCCUUUCAGAAAGGACCUUCAAAGCUCUGCCCAUUUCUGGAGGUCACACUUCUUAUCCUCCCAUCUGCAGCUGCCCUAGCCCAGCACAGGCACUUUUUUCAUAUUUGCUCUGUUGCCCCUCAUUUCAUUUGUUCAUUCAUUCAUUCAUCCAUUCACCAAAUACUCCGUGAUCAUCUACUUUGCACACGUCCUGAUGUAGCUACAAGUCCUUUGACAUGGAUCGUUCUGAGGAGGAAGCUGUUAUUGAAUGUGGAGAGAUUUAUCCAAAUAAAUAUCUGUAUUUUA